UUUGAAGUUACGAAAGGCAAGACAGUCUGUUACAGAACCAUCCAUGAAAGAGUCUGUGUCUUUCCAGGGGGAAAAAAAAAAUCCAGCCCCCUUCAGUCCCGUACCCUCCUCCUCCUCCUCCUCCUCGGGUGAGGGCAGCUGCCAAUUUACGGACAACAACGUUUGAAGAAGGUGGACCACUGCCCUACAAAUGAAACCUGUGUCUGAUGGAGGGGGCGAUUUAGCACAAGAACUGGGAUUUUAUGCUUCCUCUGACUUUGGGUUCAGUUAAUAAACUUCAGGACACAUCUCCCUCUCUCCAAUAGACCCGCUGUAACCUUUCCGCCGUGGCAUUAUAAGCUGAAAUAAUGGAUAAAUCAAGAUGCAAGCAGCAGUUAGCGUUCAGCCUCCUGCUUGGGUUGUGGUUGCCUUACUGUUUAACUCAAACUACACCGUCAAACACCGCCACGUCAAAGCCCACAACGACACCGACACCAUCCCCAUCCCCCCGGCCCGAAAGACUAAAGGUCAGACUGUCUGGAUAUCCUCGAAAACACAACGAGGGACGGAUAGAGCUGUUCUACAAGGGAGAGUGGGGAACCAUCUGUGAUGACGACUUCACGAUAGCUAACGCCCACGUACUUUGCCACCAUCUGGGCUUCGUCUCAGCCACAGGAUGGACCCACAGUGCUAAAUAUGGCAAAGGCCAAGGAAAAAUCUGGCUGGACAACGUGCAGUGUCACGGAGGUGAGAAGAGCAUCGAAUUCUGCAAGUCCCGUGGCUGGGGCAACAGCGACUGCACUCACGAUGAAGAUGCCGGAGUUGUCUGCAAAGAUGAGAGGAUACCCGGCUUCGUGGACUCGAAUGUUAUUGAAGCACAAGUUGAUGAGAACAAAGUCGAGGAGGUGCGACUCAGGCCAGUGGUUGGCGUGGCCAAAAAGAAGCUGCCCAUCACGGAAGGUGUGGUAGAGGUGAAAUACAAAGAUGGCUGGGCACAGAUCUGCGAUGUAGGCUGGACAGCCAAAAACACCCGCGUGGUCUGUGGCAUGCUGGGGUUCCCUCAUGAGAGGAAGGUCAACAAAAACUUCUACAGACGUCUGAAAAAGCGAGCAGCUGAGAAGGUCUCCAGGCCAAAGGUUAAUGUUUCAGCCGGUGGAAGGCAGACACCCAAAGCUAAAGCUAUCAAUAAGUCUAAACAGAGCAGCCCUGGCAAAAGGUUGUAUUUGGAACGUCAGAAGAACAACUUCCAUCUUCACUCUGUGGCAUGUACGGGUACAGAGGUCCAUCUGGCCGCCUGUCCGCUGGAAUUCAACAAGCCAAACGCCACAUCCUCCUGCGCAGGGGGCAUGCCGGCUGUCAUUAGCUGCAUGCCGGGGCCGCUGUUCAUGCAAAACAGCGGUUUGAAAAAGAAACUGAAAAUUUCGACCAAUGUGAGGCUGAAGGGAGGUGCCAAGGUAGGCGAGGGUCGAGUCGAGGUGCUGAAAGACAACGUGUGGGGGACUGUGUGCGACGACCGCUGGAAUCUGCUGUCGGCCAGCGUUGUCUGCAGGGAGCUCGGCUUUGGCAGCGCCAAGGAGGCUCUCACCGGUGCCCGCAUGGGUCAAGGAAUGGGUCCGAUCUACAUGAAUGAGGUGAAGUGCCUCGGGCAGGAGAGGUCCAUCUGGGACUGCCCCGUUAAAAACAUCACAUCAGAGAACUGCCAGCACUCAGAGGACGCUGCUGUUCGCUGCAACGUGCCUUACAUGGGCCUCGAGACCUCGAUCCGAAUCACAGGAGGACGAACCCGCUAUGAGGGCCGUGUCGAGGUGCUGACCUCGGACCCUAAUGGGACACAGAGCUGGGGUCUGAUCUGUGGUGAAAACUGGAGCACCAAGGAGGCCAUGGUGGCCUGUAGGCAACUGGGCUUGGGCUACGCUAACCAGGGCCUGCAAGAAACCUGGUAUUGGGACAGCAGUAAUGUGACAGACAUGGUGAUGAGCGGUGUGAAGUGCAUGGGAAAUGAGAUGGCUCUGAGUCAGUGCCAGUACCACAAAACUGUCAGCUGCCAGAGAGCGGCAGCAAAGUUUGCAGCGGGAGUAAUCUGCUCAGAGACGGCCUCUGACCUCGUCCUGAAUGCCUCUCUGGUUGAGCAGACAGUUUAUAUCGAGGAUCGCCCUCUGCACAUGCUCUACUGCGCUGCAGAGGAGGACUGCCUGUCUAAAUCAGCUGCGAAGGCCAACUGGCCAUACGGACACCGCCGCUUGCUCCGCUUCUCCUCUCAGAUCCACAACAUCGGCCGCGCUGACUUCAAGCCAAAAGCUGGACGGCACUCGUGGGUGUGGCACGCCUGUCACGGCCACUACCACAGUAUGGAUAUAUUUACCCACUAUGAUUUGCUGAAUGCCAACGGUACCAAAGUGGCAGAGGGACACAAAGCCAGUUUCUGUCUGGAGGACACAGACUGUCAAGAAGGCAUUUCUAAACGAUACGAGUGCGCCAAUUUUGGCGAUCAGGGUAUCACCGUGGGCUGCUGGGAUUUGUACCGUCAUGACAUUGACUGCCAGUGGAUUGACAUCACAGACAUCAAACCUGGAAAUUACAUUAUGCAGGUUGUAAUCAAUCCAAACUAUGAAGUGGCUGAGAGCGACUUCACCAACAACGCCAUGAAGUGCAACUGCAAGUACGACGGACAUCGGAUCUGGUUCCACAACUGCCACAUUGGGGAUGCAUUGAGCGAGGAGGCAGAGAGGAGAUUUGAGAAAUAUCCCGGACAGCUGAAUAACAAGAUUUCUUAAUCGCCAGUAACUUCCCAGCAACUUAGAAACCAAAGCGGGAAUAAAGAUACACCUCACUAACUCAGAAAGAAAGACACAAACCUUUUGUCUUCAGGUGCUAAAACGGAUCCCCGCCACAUAUCUCUAGAUUUGUAGUCACUGAAGCAGCGAGCGUGUGCUCUACGUGUGAAUUAUUUUACUUGAAUAUUCAAGUGGUAAUUUUUCGUGUAGUCUGAGGUGAGUGCGUGCUAUAUUUUUACUGCAAAUUAAAAUUUUAUAAAGUCA